AAAGAAGUGUUUACACGUCAGUCGGACGGAAUCUAGUUGCUUCGUUUUCUAGGCUGGAAAAAUACAUUAGUAUUUGGAAAUACAUUAUUUUAAGUUAGUUUAUCGUCGAUUAGGUGUCUAGUGGAAGUUUGAAAAUAUCGGACAUCCAGCAGGAUCUAAACUUACCCCGUGUUUUGUUACCGGUGACGCAGAGACGUUGCAAACUGCCUCUUGCGGCAUCCUUUAAAAAUUGAGGAAAGAGGUGAAACAGAACUACCAAAGUCGUAACAACGAUACACGUCUGGUUAAACUGCACCACCUGGCAAACAGACAACAAACGAGAGGACAGGAAGGAGGAAGGAUACUGAAAAUGAAUAUCUUUCGAUUGGCCGGUGACCUAUCACAUCUGCUGGCAAUAAUUCUUCUCUUGAUCAAGAUAUGGAAAACCAGAUCAUGCGCCGGUAUUUCAGGAAAGUCGCAGAUUCUCUUUGCAAUCGUGUACAUUACCCGUUACCUGGAUCUAGUGACAACUUUUAUUAGUUUGUAUAACACGUUUAUGAAGCUGGUCUUCAUUAGUACCUCCGUGGCUACGAUUUAUCUGAUGUACGUCAAAUUUAAGGCGACAUACGACCACAACCACGAUUCGUUUCGCAUCGAGUUUCUGCUUAUCCCAUGCUUCGUACUGGCCCUGUUGAUAAACACGGCAUUCACUGUAGUUGAAAUACUCUGGACAUUCUCCAUUUAUCUGGAAGCUGUUGCCAUCUUACCACAGUUGUUCCUGGUAAGCAAGACGGGUGAAGCGGAGAGCAUUACCAGUCAUUAUUUGUUUGCACUUGGCUCAUAUCGUGCACUUUACCUCCUCAAUUGGAUCUACCGAUACUACGCGGAAGCACACUAUGACCCGAUUGCCAUCUUUGCUGGAGCCAUUCAAACGAUCCUGUACUGCGAUUUCUUCUAUCUCUACAUUACGAAAGUCCUAAAGGGUAAAAAACUCCAACUUCCAGCGUAAAUAGCGCUGAGUUAAUAAAUAACCAUAAAUUACUUUGGAGUGUAGGGAAUACUGGAAAGGCACUGCAAAAGAGUAGAAGUAAUGUUUAUAAUCGGAAUCCACCACAUACAAACUUCUUAUGUUUGUGGUGACUGUAUGAUUUGAAUAAAUAAAUUGUAUUUGCGCUUAUUAGA